UUGUAAACAUGUAGACUAGUAUGAACAACACAAACCACGUGGUCUAUCGGAUCUCUCAGUGUGGCUGUCAUUUGUUUUCAUUUUGAUUCCGCUUUUGUAGUUUUGUUCUUUUUGAAGAUAUGUAUAGAUCUAGAGCUCUAUAUGUGUUAUCUAUAUAUGUGUAUAGCCAGUGCUUUUUUUGUGACGGUACGCAACGGUACGGCGUACCGGCACCUUUUUUAAUGUGGCAAAAAAGUAUUACUUUUGUUGUAUUUUAACGUUUAUUGUUAAUUUAUUAGUAGUUAAAAGUCAAGCAAUCCAUCACUGAGUACCGGCACCUUUUUUUCAAAAAAGCACUGUGUAUAUAUUUCAUAUGAUAUCCAGGUCUUUAACGACUACGAAAGUUACAACAACUUGACUCUUGGAUUUUUUGUUUUAAUAUAUGUAGUAGAUACAGAAUUAUUUUUUUUAAUUCAGACAAAGACAAACAAAAAAAGGUACCACUACGUAAUUGAAAAUGAGCUAGAUCAAGCUGGCUUAGUUAGCUAAAGAGUAGGAAAAGAAAUGGUGUAAAAAUGUUAUUACUAAAACAUGACCUAUCACACCGUUAGUUGAUCUAGGGACAUUUCAGAAUUGUUCUUAACAGUUAUGUGAAUGCCAGUGACAUUAUAAGGACCUAUAUGCACCUGUGUUUAAUCAUAGAUUGAUGGUUUUAGUGAUCUUUAGGCCAGUGCAUAAGUCUGCUCUUAUACACAUUCUUCAACAACAAGUAGGCCUAUUAUUAAUGAAUGCAAAUGUUUGCUGAUAAGUCUACUGGGCUACUUGAAGGUCUACAAGAGGGCAAACAGGAAACAGAUUUAAAUGUAGACGCUGCUCCAAUAAACGCGCCUGGUGUGGAGUGUGACGCCAAGGCUGACAAGAAAGAAAUGACGUCACCAGAUCUGGUGGAUGACAUACAACAACAUCUUGGAGGUUAUGGUCGAUACCAAAUUCUCAUUUUUUUACUGCUGAGUUUGGUUUACAUGAGAGGAGGCUGGCAUGUGUGGAUAUCAAUUUACCAGGGUUGGACUCCUACUUUCCACUGCAAGAGAAGUCCCGGGCUCAAUCUGAAUGAUUCCGUACCUUACUACGAGGAGAGCGGACAACUGGUCUACAGCCAAUGUGAUCAAUAUGUCAACCUGACCCUAAAUAACAAGACAGAGGCGUGCACCAAUGGCUGGGAAUAUCUGUGGGAGUCUUCUUACACCUCCAUUGUUUCCGAGUACAAUUUGGUGUGUGCAGACAGCUACCAAAACGAACUGACCUCCACGAUGUACAUGGUGGGCUCAGCUAUUGGCGUUUUAACCCUUACACCUCUAGCCGAUAGGUUCGGAACCAAAUCUGUCAUGUUGGUGUCUCUCUGGUCUCAGGCAGUCUUUGCUACAGUCCUUAUUUGGUCUUCAAACAUUAUUGUUUUCUGUUUUUUGAAGUUUUUAAUCGGGCUGACAAAUAUGACUAUUGCUUUGAAUGUGUUUGUCCUGAUGACUGAGACUUUUGAUGCCAGCCAUCGUACUAGUCCAAUCAUUGCCUUGGAGUUUUUUUGGUCCUUUGGUAUCAUGUCCCUUGCACUUUUGGGAUAUCUGAUACCUGACUGGAAAGAUUUAGAACUGACCAUCGCAUUGCCUAUCAAUAUUCUCUCAGUCUCGUUUAUAUUCAUCAUUCCAGAAUCGUUGCCAUUUUUGUUGUCCAAAGGUAAAGUGAAAAAAGCCAAAAAGGUCAUCGCUCUAUUUCUGAAGGUGAAUCGUCUGCCGAACAUUCCAGAAGUAGAACAAAAAUUAUCUGCAUUCCAGUCAAAGAAUAACAAUUUGAAUGCAGCAGCCGACAGUGACGUUACGAGAGAUCCUUCUGACAGAAAUGUGCCACCACCCAAAGUCUACACAGUGUUCAGUUUGUUCAGGACACCAAAACUUAGAAUGAUUUCUAUUAUAAUGUUUUAUUUAUUCCUGGUCAAUUCACUCUCUUACUUUGGUAUAAUGUUCAAUACGCCAGCACUUAAUGGAGAUCGUUUUCUCAACUUGUGUCUGCUGGGUCUGGUGGAGAUACCAGCCAAUGUACUGGCUUUGUUCUUCAAUAAAACUUUAGGUCGACGUCGAUCUAUCAGUUUAUUUUUACUGAUAUGUGCUGUGGCCAACCUCAUUGUGAUAUUUAUACCGGACACUGCAGAAGGUAUAGAUGCGGAGAAGUUAAAAACUGCCUUGGUGCUUAUUGGAAAAUUUGGAAUCACUGGUUCCUACUCGACUAUCUAUUUGUAUGCUGCAGAAGUGUUUCCAACAAUCGUUAGAAAUCAGGCAGUUGGUGCUUCCUCAUUCUUUGAAAACAUUGGAAGUAUAGCAGCACCCAACAUGGUUUACGCGAAUAACAGUCUGAAUAAUCUCCCUUUGGGACUAUUUGGAGGCAUGACUAUUGUUGGCUGUGGGUUAGUGCUCUUGCUGCCAGAAACUCUCGAUAGACCAUUACCACAAACAAUAGAAGAUGCAGAGAGGAACAUACCAUCUCAGAAGCAAAUCAAAACGCCAUCCAUCUAAUCGGUGUAGCUUCCUCUCAGUGAAAGGGCAGAGUCGCCUUUUAUUUUUUCACCACCUGUCGCAAAGAAAAAAAGAGAGAACGCGCCUAGUUUCCCUGAUGUAUUGAAAAUAAGAAAUGUUAGCAGUGCCAGGAAAACAACAACAAAACUAUUAGCAAGACUUACUCCUACUAUCAUGGUAGACCUCAUUUAGCAAGACUUACUCCUACUAUCAUGGUAGACCUCAUUUAGCAAGACUUACUCCUACUAUCAUGGUAGACCUCAUUUAGCAAGACUUACUCCUACUAUCAUGGUAGACCUCAUUUAGCAAGACUUACUCCUACUAUCAUGGUAGACCUCAUUUAGCAAGACUUACUCCUACUAUCAUGGUAGACCUCAUUUAGCAAGACUUACUCCUACUAUCAUGGUAGACCUCAUUUAGCAAGACUUACUCCUACUAUCAUGGUAGACCUCAUUUAGCAAGACUUACUCCUACUAUCAUGGUAGACCUCAUUUAGCAAGACUUACUCCUACUAUCAUGGUAGACCUCAUUUAGCAAGACUUACUCCUACUAUCAUGGUAGACCUCAUUUAGCAAGACUUACUCCUACUAUCAUGGUAGACCUCAUUUAGCAAGACUUACUCCUACUAUCAUGGUAGACCUCAUUUAGCAAGA